GGCGCGGUCCUAGAGCCCGCCGCGUUAGGAUGGCUGGUGCGGGACUGCCGCGGCCGCGGCCGGGAGUCGGAGUCGGCGUGGUGGUGACCAGCAGCCGGCACCCGCGGUGCGUGCUCCUGGGCAAGCGGAAAGGGUCGGUCGGCGCGGGCACGUUCCAACUUCCCGGCGGUCAUUUGGAGUUCGGAGAAAGCUGGGAAGAAUGUGCUCAAAGGGAAACCUUGGAAGAAGCAGCUCUUCACCUGAAAAAUGUUCGCUUUGCUUCUGUUGUGAAUUCUUUUGCUGAGAAAGAGAAUUACCAUUAUGUUACCAUAUUAAUGAAAGGAGAAGUCGACAUGGUUCAUGAUUCAGAACCAAAGAAUGUGGAACCUGAAAAAAAUGAAAGCUGGGAAUGGGUUCCAUGGGAAGAAUUUCCUCCAUUGGACCAGCUUUUCUGGGCACUCCGUUGUCUAAAGGAACAAGGCUAUGAUCCAUUUAAAGAAGAUAUGGAUCAUCUGAAAGGAUACAAGGGAAAUCACUGAUAAGCGAACAAGAAAAGAUAUCCCUGAAUUCUUUUUUUCAAAAGAAGAAAGAUCUUAGAGAAAGGAAAAAUAUUUAUAUUUCAGAAAUCUAUUUGACCAAGAAGUUUCAGAUGAUUGACAGUUUAUUUGCAGUUUUCCUAAUAUAACCACCAGUCUUUCUGCGAGUACUUAUGGAAACUUUUCUGGAAUUCUGUAAGAAUCUGUGCAUUUCAGACACACAGCAUGAUCAAUGAUGAUCACAUUUUGGUUAAUUGUUCGGUUUCUCUGUGAUAUUUACUGUGUUGCACUGAUACCAGCUUGCAUAAGGAAAGGUGCAGUGAGAUUUGCUGUAAUGUUUCAGUUCAAACAGAGAGCCUAAUCCAACUGUGAAUACAAUGUGCUUGUAGAGUUCAUGGUAUGUGUUGAUUUCCCCCCUUGUUUUAUUUAAAACAAAUUUUAUUUUGGUAAAUGCUAUAAAAGUACUUGUUAUUAGAGCAAAUAGGAGUGAUCAUUAGUGUAUUUUCCAGGUUUCUGAUGGAGAACCAAGAGUAGGAGUUGUGAAACAAACUAGGAUCUAUUUCUUAUCACUGACAGACAAUGAUUUUAGACUUCUCAAUCUCUGUGAGAUCCAGCACCCUUAUGUAUAAAGUGAGAUUAAACUUGGACCUUGGUUCUCAAACCACUGAGGAGGUCUUAAGAGUUUGUAAGGUCAUAUCAUACCAUGACAUUAUUUGCCUUUUUCACUCUUUGUUGAGUGUAGAGAGGAGCUUUCCAGAGGCUACAUGAAUAUACUCUUAACAGCCUACUAACAAAAUAUAAAAGUAGACUUGUGAAUCCAGCUCUCUUUUGUUAAGCUAAAGAAAUUCACAUAAAUUGCAAUCACUAGUCCUUUUCAUCCUCCUUUAUUAGAAAAGUUACUUUUUCAUAAAAAUUAUAUUAGCAUGUGGCUGGAGCGAUAGCACAGAUAGCACAGCGGGUAGGGCGUUUGCCUUGCAGGCAGCUGACCCGGGUUCGAUUCUUCUGUCCCUCUCAGAGAGCCUUGAAAGCUACUGAGAAUAUCCUGCCCACACAGCAGAGCCUGGCAAGCUCCCCGUGGUGUAUUCAUAUGCCAAAAACAGUAACAAAUCUCACAAUGGAGUCUUUACUGGUGCCCUCGAGCAAAUCAAUGAACAAAGAACAGUGCUACAGUGCUACAUAUUAACAUGUAAUUAUUUUCAAGCUGGAGAGAUAGUACAGCCAGUAGGGCCUGUGCUUUGCACAAAGCAAACCCAGUUUCAGUUCCCAGCAUCUCUUAUGGUCUCCCAGCACCAGCACAAAUAAUUCCUGAGUGCAGAGCCAGGAGUAACCCCUGAGCAUCAUAGGUGUGGCCUCCAUAUAAAAAACAAAACAACAAAAAAACAUACAAAACACUUCAAAUAAAUUAGUAAAAAUAUUAAAAUUUCUUUUAAAAUUCCUAUGAGUAGAUAAAACUCUACAAAAGUGAAAACUCCUUGAGGCCCUUUAACUUCAGAGCAUAAAGAGCUGCAAAACCAUGGGCUGGAGAGAUAGCACAGCGGGUAGGGCGUUUGCCUUGCACGCGGCCGACCCGGGUUCGAUUCCCAGCAUCCCAUAUGGUCCCCUGAGCACGGCCAGGGGUAAUUCCUGAGUGCAGAGCCAGGAGUAACCCCUGUACAUUGCCAGGCGUGACCCAAAAAAGCAAAAAAAAAAAAAAAAGCUGCAAAACCAAAAUGUUUAAAAAAACUGCUUAGACCAUUAAUACAAAUCUGUGAAAUCCUGUGCUUCUAGAGCUAGCUGCAUUGGACUAUUUUUCUUUCAAAAGACUGGAGUGUUUUAAAAUUUCUUUACUGAAUCAUCAUGAUCAAGCACCAGACCCUUCACUGAAGCCCCCAGUUUCCCUCCUACCCCCCAGCCUGCCUCUAUGGCAGCCACUUUCCCUUUUCCUUCAGGCACUGUAGUUUGCAGUACUGUUACUGAAAGAGUAUCAAGCAUAUCACUUUACCUCCUUUCAUCACUCAGUUCAGUAUUUCAGUAUUUCUUGUCAUAUAUGCUACAAAUUUUUCUCCCCCUGGGGCCAAAGAGAAGUACCGGGGCUAAUAAUUUCCUUGCAAACAGCUGAUUCCAACUCAGUCUCUUGCACCAUAUGCACUACAUAUGGUGCUCUGAGCAUGACCAAGAGUGAGUCCUGAACACCUCUGGGUGUGGCCCAAAAACCAAAACAAAGAAUGAUAUAGGGUUAAAUAGUACAGUACUGGGGUUAAGGCACUUGCCUUGCAAAAGGUCAACUCUGGUUUGAUCCCUGGUAUCAUAUAUGGUCUCCCAAACACCAGGAGUGAUCUCAGAGCAUAGAGCCAGGAGUAAGCCCUGAGCACCACUGGAUGUACAGAAAAUUAAAAAAAAAAAAAAAAAGAGGGGCUGGAGUGAUAGCACAGCAGGUAGGGCGUCUGCCUUGCACGCGGCCGACCCGGGUUCGAUUCCCAGCAUCCCAUAUGGUCCCCUGAGCACAGCCAGGGGUAAUUCCUGAGUGCAGAGCCAGGAAUGACCCCUGAGCAUCGCUGGGUGUGACCCAAAAAGAAAAAAAUAAAUAAAAGCUAUAAAAAAAAAGAUUUUUUUUUUCAGGAAUAAAUAUUUAGAAAUUUUUCAUAAACAUUUUUUUUUUUAUUGUAGUUUUGGGCCACACCUGGCAGCGCUCAGGGAUUAUUUCUGGCUCUAUGUUCAGGGGUCAGUCCUGGUCAGCUUGUAGGAUCAUAUGUGAUGUUGGAAAUUGAACACGGGUCAGCUGUGUAAAGCAAACGCUCUACAUGCUGUUCUCUGUCCCCCUUUUUUCUUGUUUUAAACUUUUAAAUUCCUGUGAGAUACACUACACCCUUACAAAUCAUGAUUGGAUUUCAGCAAUACAGUAUUCCAACACCCAUCCCUCCACCAGUGUACACUUCCCAGUACCAGUGUCCCCAGGCUCCCUCCCAUCACCCUCCCCCCCACCCCCUCCCCCCAGCUUGCCUCUAUGCCAGGUGUAUUUCUUUCUCUCGUCUUUUGUCUGCCCUUUUUUUGAAAGUAAAGUAAAAUUUUAUUUAGGGUAGGAGAGAGUACAGGUGUUAAGAUGCUUGUACACUGUUGACCCAAGUUUGAUCCCUGGUACUACAUAUGGUCCUGAAGCAUCACUAGAAGUGCCCUUCAAGCACAGAACCAAGAGUAAGCUGAGCACCCCAUCCCCCAGUCAAACCCAAAGCCCCUCCUCUCCCCCCCCAGUAAAGUUGAAAGCUGAAUAUGUCUCUGGAGAUGACGGCAAAUCUUCAAGAUAGAAAAUGCACCUCAUUUAUAUGUCACACUGUGACAAAAGCUAUUUCUAUCAGUUGUUUGAGGCCAUGUUACUCAAGGAUCUGCUAUACUGUAUUGUCUCCUUACAAGAAAGUUCCUUUAUCUAAAGACCUUGUCUUUCUGUGGCUUAUUUGGUGCCAUGUUCUUUAUAGUGGCUUUUGCUUUGGGGUCACACCAGUGGUGACCCCAAAGUGGGGGAACAGUAUGUGGGGCUAAAAAUUGAACUAGGAUUGGCAGCAUACAAACACUCUAACCCCUGUACUCUCUCUCUCUGGUUCUCUUGGUUUUUAAAUAAAAUACUUUGAACUGAAAAGGUGCUCAUACUCUUGGAGAAAGUGGCAGUGAUGAGGGACCUUAAGAGCUGUGGGGUGCGGUGAUUCAGACUGGCCAUAGAAAGGAACAGGCAGCUAAGGAACCAGUUCUUGAAUCCUGUUUCUAACAGUUGGGUGACUGGCCACUUUAAAGAGGUUUUAUUUAUUUUUGCUUUUUUGGGUCACACCUGGCAAUGCACAGGGGUUACUCAUCUCUGCACUCAGGAAUUACUCCUUGUGGUGCUUGGGGGACCAUAUGGGAUACUGGGGAUUGAACCCGCAUCUGCCGCAUGUAAGACAAAUGCCCUGCCCACUGUACUAUCACUCCAGCCCCUAAAGAGGUUUUAAAAUGCAACCAUUUAUGGAGUUGGAGAGCAAUGCAAUGGGCAGGGCACUUAUCCUGCAUGUUCAAUCGCUGGCACCCCACAUGGUCCCUUGAGUACUGCCAAGGUGUGCCCCCCCAAAUGUAAACAACACGACCAUAUUUUGCACAAGUCUAAUAAUCCUUCAUUGAUGAGGGGUGUUUUUUCUAACUCUUGGUUAUGAAAGCAUGUUCUUUAAAACCUUGGUCAUUGGAAUGCAAUUUUAUCAUAAAUCCAGCCUGAUGGCAGCAUUACUAUUUGUAUUUCAUCAAAAUGAAAUUCUAUUGUUACAUCACCAAGACACAAUAUUUUGUGUAUAGAAAGCCUACCUGAAUUAGAAAAAUACUAAAAGAACCUAUUCAGUACUGAACAGCAAUGCUUGAGUAUAUUUUCACACCAAACCAAGAGAAACUGUAGCUUUUGAUGAAGAAAUGUAAAAAAUGUUAGCCACUGACUUUAUGGACAGUUUUAUCAUGGGAAAAUAAAGUGUCUAUGAAUCACU